AUGGAGACAACGACAAUUACCUUUCAUGUCCUUGGAGAGCGCGCAGCCGCCAGCGGCGGCGGCGGCGGCGGCGACCACCAUGAUGGCCAUGUCAACAAUUUGCCUACAGGGGCCGUAGUGGUGAUAGUGCUCGCCUUUGCCUGGCUCCUCUUCUUCUUCGGGACUCUCCUAGGGGAGAUCGUAGUCGAAUGCAUGCGCAAACACCACAACGGCGGUCCCUUCCGCCCAGGUCGCAUCCUCAUAGGGACACUGAGGACAGUGACCUUCGCAGACCCAUGCGCCCGCUUACUGCGCAAAGCGGGCUUGUCAUGCCCCUGCUCGUGCUUCCCGGAACAGAAGAAGCGAAGCGUGUAUAACGAGGCGGAGGAGGGACAGUAUGCGAUGAUGGUACAGCGGCAUCGGUCCGUUCUUGCUGGACAGCAUGUUGAUGAUAAUAAUGCCGCACAUGGCGGCAUCACUCCGAGGAUCGGUGGUUGGAACGGGGACGAGGACGAGAUGCCUCCACCGCCGCCGUACGGGCAUUCGGACACAGCCAGUAGGGUAAUAGGGCCGGACGAUGUAACGCCAGCUUCUGCUGUGCAGCGCGAAGGUCUACCACCUUUACCGCCGCCGCCACCGUACCAGGCCCCCUCUCCUAAGGUGGACACCAAUUGA